AAAAGAAGAAAACAGAAAAGGAAAAGUGGUGACCCAUUGCCAUAGUGACCUCUGACCUGAGCCACCCAACUGGGAUUCCUUCCUAUAAUAAUUAAUUCCAGCACUCAUUUUUUCAAUAAAAAUCUUCUCUUGGCGUUUUUCUUUCUCUAUAUAAUCACUCUGUCCAUCCUUCGUCAUGGAUGUUCUCUUCUAAUAUUUUAUUAUUCUGUUUGUUUCCUGUCAAAAAAAUUUAAUAACGUGAGCCGGCCAAGGUUGUCAUUUCGGGUGAUUCCGCGCUUUCUCGCCGCGUUUCUUUGGCAACUGUGACGAGCGGUGAGGAUGUCAACCCCAGCAAGGAAGAGACUGAUGAGGGAUUUUAAGAGGUUGCAACAAGAUCCUCCUGCAGGGAUUAGUGGUGCUCCUCAAGAUAACAAUAUUAUGCUGUGGAAUGCUGUUAUAUUCGGGCCUGAUGAUACACCGUGGGAUGGAGGUACGUUUAAAUUGACACUUCAGUUUACUGAAGAUUAUCCAAAUAAACCCCCGACAGUGCGUUUUGUUUCUAGAAUGUUCCAUCCAAAUAUUUAUGCUGAUGGAAGCAUUUGUUUGGACAUCCUACAAAAUCAGUGGAGUCCUAUUUAUGAUGUGGCUGCCAUACUCACAUCAAUCCAGUCAUUGCUGUGUGACCCGAAUCCAAACUCUCCUGCAAAUUCAGAAGCAGCACGGAUGUUCAGUGAGAACAAGCGUGAAUACAAUAGGAGAGUACGGGAAAUUGUUGAGCAGAGUUGGACUGCUGAUUAGUUUGUCAGUAGCUUGGAAGAACUUGAAAAUUUGUUCCCAACCAUGUUUAAAUAACAUUGAACUUGACUGGUCGCCAAGGCCCAUUAUUAUAUGUUUGCUUGGCAUAAGAGGAUGGAUGUUUGGCCUCUGUAUUGGAAUAUUUGUAGUACGUUGCCUCUCUGUUUGCGGUUUACGUUUUGAGGAGAGGAGAGGAGAAGAGGAUGGAUUUUUCUUUUCGUUGUUUA